GGUUUGACUGCCCUGUUCAUUAUAGGCUAUCUUCAAAGAUUGGUUCCAUCGUUCAUUCACCAAAAUGCAAUCAGGAUUACAAAACUUUAUUACAGAAACAGUCUUUUGGCUUCCGUUGCUGCAACAGGAUGUGACUUGCUAGAGUCUAUGAAGCAAAUUUCACUUAAGGACGCUAUUAUUACCCUUGAAUCUGCAUGGAAUAAAUUGGAUGAGGCUGUGCUAUCAAAUUGCUGGAACAAUGUUUUGAGUAUGCUUGAAAAUCAAGAAGAUCCUGAAGAUGAAAUUCCUUUGAAUAUCCUUCGAAGGAACUUGAAUAUGAAUGUGGGAGACUUGGAGGAGAGCGCAGCCAAUCUUUUACAAAACUUGAGACCUGAGAUUGGAAUCACUGCUUGCGACGUUAGAGAAUGGAACGAGGAUGCUAUUGAAUUCAAUGAAAAUGAAAUACAAGAAAUAUCCGACGAAGACGACUAUACUGUAGAGUAAGACGAUUACAGCAAGAGAAGCUAUUGACAUAUUUAAUAAUGCUGAGGAAUGGGCUGAAAGUGAAAUGGUUGAACAAAAGGAAUUAAAUGUAUUAAAGAACCUAAGGGAAAAAGCAGUUUUUAAGGUGGUUGAACAAA